GUCAUAAUCUCGAUGUUGUUCAUUUUUUCUGACUUUCGUACUGGCAUUUGUACUUUUAAAGAUUCUGUCACAUUACUCUGUAUCUGCCGCAAAUCUUAGGUUCUUCGUCUAGUGCCAAUCAUCAGUACGACGUGUUUUUUUCUGAUUUCUGUCCGCUGAGUCGUCGAUUUACGGCCCUGCUGCUGCUAGUGCAUGCUGCUUUGUGUUGUCAUUUGACCUAUUAUUUAUCUUCAAAAUUCAUGACGAAAACUCAACUAAAAUGAGUUCAAGAGAAGUCAUUAAUUUGAGAUUCAACCAAGACCAGGGUUGUUUUGCCUGUGCCAUGCAGAGUGGAGUUCGAAUAUAUAAUGUAGAACCAUUAGCAGAAAAGUUACAUCUAGAUAGCGAUGAAGUUGGCAGUGUUGAGCAGAUUGAAAUGUUGAACCGAACUAAUCUAAUUGCAAUCGUAGGUGGUGGUAGUAGACCUAAAUUUGCUGACAAUACAGUUUUGAUAUGGGAUGAUAUUCAAAAGAAAUUUGUCUUAGAAUUGACAUUUCCUUUGCCUGUAAUUGGAGUACGGCUACACACGGCUGGUAACAAGAUUGCGAUUAUACUUGAAAAAAGAAUCUACGUUUACAGUUUUCCAAAUAAGCCAGUCAAGUUAUUUUCCUUUGACACAAGAGAGAACCCUAAUGGUUUAUGUGAAAUAAGCUGCAGUACUGAAAAUCCCAUCCUUGCAUUUCCUGGACAUAAAUGUGGAAGUUUACAGAUUUUUAAUUUAAAUGCUACAGAGCAAGGAUCCUCAUCAUCACCCAUUAAUAUAAGUGCACAUCAAAAUGAGAUAGCUUGCAUUGCUAUCAAUCAGCGUGGCAACAGAGUAGCUACAGCUUCUAAGAAAGGAACCCUAAUUCGUGUUUUUAAUGUUCAAGACUUGAAAAAUGUCAGAAGUGAACCUAUUGUGGAGUUACGUCGUGGUGCUGAUCCAGCAACACUUUACUGUGACAAGGGGACUGUACAUGUCUUUGCUCUCGGAGAUACAACAUUGAACAGAAGAUCUAAGUUUUCAAAGAUGGGAAAAGUACUAGGCCAGUAUGUGGAAUCACAGUGGGGCUUGGCUCAUUUUACAGUUCCUGCGGAAUGUGCAUGUAUAUGUGCAUUUGGGUCUGCUUCAUCUGUAAUUGCUGUAUGUAUGGAUGGAACAUUCCACAGAUAUGUCUUCACACCUGAUGGCAAUUGUAAUCGAGAAUCUUAUGAUGUGUACUUGAAUGCAUGUGAUGAUGAUGCUUUUUAA